CAUUUCGAUCCGGGCAAAAUGGGGACGUUUUGCUACAACUUCUCCAAGUACUCGCUGGCGGCCAUAAGCCUCGUGUUUUUGAUCAUCUCGGUAACAGUGAUUACCAUGGUAGCAUGUAUGUUAUCGGACAGAACGUAUUUAGUAUCGAUCGCCGAGGAAGGAAACAACUAUGAAGCAGGCUUAUACAUUCUGCUCUUCACUGGAAUUCUUAUGCUCAUCGUCUCCAUUUUGGGCUGGUGUAGUGCUUUGAAGCUUUUUCGAUAUUGUCUGGCCACUUUCAUCAGUAUCAUGCUUGUUAUUGUCGUCGCGCAAAUUGCAUUCGCAGGAUGGCUUUACGCUCAUAAAGAUCGUUUGGACGAAUUGGUGCGAUCUUCCGUGAUAAACACUGUUAAGGAUGAAUACGGUGAGAUACAAUGUCGCACGCAAAUCAUGGAUACAAUUCAAUCCACUCUUGAAUGCUGCGGAGCCAAUGGACCUGAAGAUUGGGCCGGCAGCAAAUAUGGAAAGCAAGAUUCUUCUCAAUUACGCCUCAAUUUUGGCGUUUCAAACGCCGAAAACAUAUUCAGAAUACCAAAAUCCUGCUGCAAAGAUACAGAUAGCACCGCCUGCAGUCAAGGACGUCAGAUGAAAGUUGCCGGAGUCGUGAGCUCUGCGAUCUAUAGUGAGGGAUGUAUGGAAAAGUUGGUUACUACACUGAAGACGCAGACUUAUCACUUUAUGGGUGCAGCGGUACUGGUUUUAGCCCUAGAAAUCGUUAGUCUAAUACUCGCUUUAAUUUGCUGUUACAAAGGCGGAUCAUCAGAUAGAUACAAAGCUUAAACUGAUUUCAUCGCGAGUAUCAUAUAAGAAUCUUUUCUCUACCGGGUGUCCCACAAUAACAGCGUAAUACCAAAAAUAAUCAAACUUUUGUUUUUGUGCCAACACCAGCGGAUACUUGGUAAAUUGUAUUUUAUGUUCGGCCAUGUAAGACAAACGCGAAAUGUUUAUCUUAUUUUCACAUAGUACAUUUAAUAAGUAAUCAAUUCCUGUACUGUGUUUUAUUAUUCUAUACAAAUUGGUAUGCGUUAUUUUGGGACCAAUUCAGGAUCUGACUCAUAUAAUAGCAUCAUUA